AAGAGUCAUAUAUGAGAGAUAACUCUUCUCCUUUAUGUUUGGCCUCUGUACUAAUUAAGGAGACAAAGCUUUCAAAACCUUCUUUAAAAUACACCCUCCCAUCCUCCUCAUUGCUCCCUCACCAAUCGCAACCAAAACCCUAAUUUUCUCUCUCCUCUCCCUCUCUCUCUCUCUUUCUCUCUCUCUCUACAUACAUAGCAACAGCACACGUACGGACCAGUAUUACUUUACGCAUGGAACCCUGCCAAAAGCCUCCGCCGCCACCGGAACAAUCCGACGCCUCUUAUUUUUUCUCCGCCGUUACCGACAGCACCAACAUGCUCGCCGACUUUGACUGGAUCGGAGGAGAAGAAGGCGACACCAUGUGCCUGCCGCCGGAGAACAACAGCAACAACAAUAAUCAAUCGCCGUCUUCAAGCUCAGCUGAGGAUCCGCCGGAGAGUUCGAUCGCCUCCGACGGGAAACAGCUCGACAAAGAGAAACCACCGAGUAGAAGUAAGAAGAAGCAGAAACGAAUGAAGCAGCCACGGUUUGCUUUUAUGACUAAGAGUGAAACCGAUCAUCUUGAAGAUGGCUACAGAUGGCGAAAGUACGGCCAGAAGGCAGUUAAAAAUAGUCCAUUCCCCAGGAGCUACUAUCGUUGCACAAACAACAACUGCAGUGUGAAGAAAAGGGUGGAACGCUCCUCGGAGGACCCAACUAUUGUGAUAACCACAUAUGAAGGCCAACACUGCCACCACUCCAUAGGGACAUUCCACCACCACCGACAACUAAGUGGCAUGCUUAGUAGUAAUCAAAAAUCCACAUUUGCAACUCAAUUUUCCCUUGGAAAUAUGUCACACUUCUAUUAUCCAAUUGAUCAAUUACCUGAAGAAAACACACUUAUUAGUAGUAGUGUUUCUGAUGAUGCUUAUUGUCACUCACACAAUAAUGAUAAUUACAAUGGAAGAUGCAGCAUUACAUUGGCAGAUUCAUCAACCCCAGAAGAGCUACCCACAGAUGAUGGACUACUUGGAGAUAUUCUUCUGCCUAGGCAAAUGCGUAACGGAUGAGGAGCCUAAUAUAGAAUGGUAUUUAUAUAUUAUAUUAUAUAUACAUUAUUAUAUAUCCUAUAGAGUAUAUAUUUCACAUUAUCUAUAUUUUACAAUUUUUACUUGUGCGUGUUAGUUGUUAUUACUAGCUAGUUGGGGGCCGGAUAGGUGGGUUUAAUUUCGGGAGAUCGACAACAUGGCUUUAAGAUUUCAAUGCAACUUGAAGAGAAAGUAAGUAGAAUCUCUAAACUUUAUAAGUAGAUAAUGAUAUAUAUAUAUAUAAACAAAAGACCAAUAUAUUCCAAAUGAUGGUAAUAAAGGCUUUCAUAAUAUGUUAUAUAUAUGGGAUACUUGGAUAGGCACCAUAUAAUUGAUGGUAGUUCAAUCUUAAUUAUUGGGGUGAUUAAUUAUAUUAUUGAGAUUAUUGAAGACAUAAUUAGCGCUCUUUUAAUAUCUAAUCUAAGCGAUUGGCCUAGCAACCUUAUCUUGACUGGAACCCACUUCAUGAUGCUAACCACCCAUUCACUUAAAACAUCUUAGCCGAAAGUAUGAUUUGAUGCUAAGUAGCGUGUGUUUUAAGUGAUCGUUUACAACAAAACCUGCAUUCAUUUAAGUCUCAGUACUUCUUUUCUUUUCUUUUUUUUUUUUUACUUUGUUGUGAGUAAACAAGGGCAUCCAAAAAACCAAAAUUCAGUUAAGCCUUAUUUAUAAAUUUAGCAGUAGCUUUUUUUUUAAAAGAUUUUAAAAGAGUUGAAAUUUAUAAAUAAACUUAUGAGCAUGCAGCUAAUAAUUAUUGUCCUUGUCAUCAUGAUCAUUUCUGUUAUUUAAGCGAAGUAUGUAGGAUAAGCUAUGACCGCGUCAUUGGCAUGGCUUGUUUGAUACUUAGACCUCCACAUACCACACGUUGAAUUCAGAAAACUAUUUAAGUUUUUUCACAAUGAAGAUUAUGGAUGGUGGGGCGCAUGACACAUAUGUCGACUGGAAUUGUUAUUAAAUGGAUAUAAAAUUUUUACAA